AUGUCGACCUUUACCGUCAAGGCGACCAUCGCCACCUUUGGCGGCCGCCUUUACAAGCUCUCGCACACGUCGGCGACCACCGGCACGCCCAUGAACGUCAACGUCUUCCUCCCGCCCCAGACGAUCUCAGCCCUCAAGAAAGUCCCCGUGCUCUACUACUUGUCCGGGCUGACCUGCUCGCCCGAGAACUGCUCGGAGAAGGGCUUCCUGCAGGCGCAGGCGGCACGUCACGGCAUCGCCAUCGUCUACCCGGACACGUCCCCGCGCGGCCUCCAACUGGCGGCCGAGCACGAGAGCUGGGACUUUGGCGAGGCUGCAUCGUUCUAUCUGGAUGCCACGACUGAGGGUUACUCAUCACACUACCGCAUGGAGUCGUACCUAACCAAGGAGCUGCCCGAGGCGCUCUUUGGCAGCGAGCAGUUCGCCGCCCACCUCGACCAGGACCGCCAGUCCAUUACGGGCCACUCCAUGGGCGGCCACGGUGCCCUGACCCUAUACCUGCGUCAUCCCGGCCGAUACCGGUCGGUGUCGGCGUUUGCCCCCAUCUCCAACCCGACGCGCUGUCCGUGGGGCCAGAAGGCCUUCCGCGGCUACCUGGGCCCGGCCGACGUUGAGAUCACGCCCGAGUCGGCCACGGAUGCGUCGAUCCCAGCGGCCUGGAAGGAGCACGACGCCACAGAGCUGGUCAAGAAGUGGAAGGGCGACCUGAAGAUGCUCAUCGACGUGGGCACGGCAGAUAACUUUUACAAGCAGAAGCAGCUGCUGCCAGAGAACCUGGAAAAGGCUGCUAAGGACGCUGGCCUGACAGGACUUACGGUGCGGUACCAGGAUGCUUACGAUCACUCUUACUACUUUAUCUCUUCCUUCGGCCAGGACCACGUCGACCAUGCGGCCAAGUACCUUUUGGCCUGA